UAUCUGAUUCCUCUCCCCUCCCCCUGGGGGUUGGUGUAGCAGGCAGCUCCCGUGCAGCCACCGCCGCCGUGAUCUCCGGUGGUGCGGUCCUUCCGAGUCCCAUCACUCCUGUCACCCGAUGGGCUUGUCCUCUGCCAGCAGCAGCCGCUCCGCCAGCGAGCUCCUCUGAGAGCCGCCUUCCGUCUACGGGCGCCAUGAGGCCGCUUUUCCGGAGGCUCCUGCGGGUCUCUAACCGAUCCAUCUUCGCCUUCAUCUUCCUUUUCUCGCUGUCCUCGUCCUGCCUGUACUUCGUGUAUGUGGCCCCCGGCAUAGCAAACACCUACCUCUUCAUGGUGCAAGCCCAAGGUAUAAUGCUAAGGGACAACGUACGAACCAUUGGAAAUAUGCUUAGACAAUAUACCAAUAAGAACAGUACACUGAAUGGAACAGAUUAUCCAGAUGGCACAAACUCUACAGACUUCACUUCACAGUCUACCAUGUACCUACCGGAAAACUUCACAAUCUCUCCACACCUUCCGUGCCCAGAGAAGCUGCCUUUUAUGCGUGGAUCUACUGAUAUCAAUAUGAGUGAGAUCACAUUAGAAGAAAUUCACCAGCAAUUUUCCGCCAUGGAUAUUGGGCCUGGAGGGCAUUGGAAACCUACAGACUGCACUCCUCGCUGGAAGGUGGCAAUCCUUAUUCCAUUCCGAAAUCGCCAUGAGCACCUUCCGAUCUUCUUCAGGCAUCUCAUCCCUAUGCUCCAGCGGCAGCGCCUAGAGUUCUCCUUCUACGUCAUCGAGCAGGCUGGUACGCAGACUUUCAAUCGAGCCAUGUUGUUUAAUGUUGGGUUUAAAGAAGCCAUGAAGGAUCGAAACUGGGAUUGUCUCAUCUUCCAUGAUGUGGAUCACAUUCCUGAAAGCGACAGAAAUUACUACGGAUGUGGGGAAAUGCCACGUCACUUUGCUGCAAAACUUGACAAAUACAUGUACAUUCUACCAUACAACGAGUUCUUUGGCGGUGUAAGUGGUUUGACUGUGGAGCAAUAUAGGAAGAUCAAUGGAUUUCCAAAUGCGUUCUGGGGCUGGGGAGGCGAAGAUGACGAUUUAUGGAACAGGGUGCAUUAUGCUGGCUUUAAUGUCUCUAGACCAGAAGGAGACCUAGGAAAAUACAAGUCAAUUCCUCACCAUCACAGAGGGGAGGUGCAGUUCCUAGGCCGGUACAAAUUGCUGCGAUAUUCUAAAGAACGUCAGUACCUUGAUGGAUUAAAUAAUUUAAUAUAUGCUCCAAACAUCAUAAUAGACAAGCUGUAUAAAAACAUCACCGUUAAUCUAGUGCCAGAGCUGGCUCCAGUGAAAGACUAUUAAUGGAGGGGCAGAGGAGGAGGCUCGCUGUCCGAAAUCAAAGUGAUGCCUACCAGAGCAACAGGAAAGCUGUCGGGAUGGACCCGCUCCAGUGGACUGCUAGUGACUGAUAUCUAAUUCCAAUUAUCUGAAUGUGUGACCAUACAUACAUCCGAAGCCAGCAGCUGCUAGAUCAAUGUUUACAGCAGAAGACUGCUCAUAAUAAAAGCCUUGUCUCACCAAACUCUCGACAUUUUCACCGCUCAAUCCACUGUGCAGUGAUUUAGAUUUUUUUUUUCGUUGAAGAACACUAUUCUUUAUCAGAUUUGCACCAAUCGACUGCUUCUUGUAUUUCCUCUUCUUCCUUUUUUUUUUUUUUUUGGACGGUUUUAACAAUUUUUAUUUUAUUUUAUUUUUGUAUUCCACAGGUGUACAUGUUUCUGUAUAUUUAUAACUUUGAGUUGUGUAAAUACAUUGGUUAUAUUUGUGUGUGUAUAUAUGUGUAGAUACAUUUAUGUAUACACACAUGGAUUGAUGUAAAGUUAUUCCAAAGUUUUUAAUGACUCCUGUUUUACACCUUUGCAUGUCUUUAUUGUAUAACUGUAUCAUUAUUAUUAAUUUUUUUUUUAAUACAGACUUGUCUUUUGCAUGAAAAGGAACAUGUAAAUAUUAGAAUUCAAAAAAAAAAACGAAACAAAAAAAUCGGAGCAUUAUGUACGGUAAUAUUGAAGGACAUGUUUCUAAUAAUGGCCAGCUAUGACUGUAAACUGUUAUAAUGGUUUGUGAGCUUAAGGCCUUCUAGACAAGUCUGUUAUGGCGGGUUCAACGUUUCCCGAAUUGUUGUCUCUGCAGCUGAGAGAAAGUAGGACCUGUGACGGGUUUAUCGAAUGCAGCCUUGGCCACCGUGGGGCGGAAUGUACAGUUAAUCCCGCUAUCUUUUUGUAGUUGUAUGAUUUAUUCUAUGGCAUCUUGUAUAAUAGAUCAUAAAAAGCUACAUAUCAUAACAUACAUACAGGUUGUCAAACUAUCUGUACCAACUGUGUUCCAUGUCAGGGAGCCGAUGCCAAGAAUAAUUAUAAUUGUUAUUAUUAUUUUUUGUGAUUGAUGUGUUUUUAGGUUGCUAAUUUAUUUUAAGGGUUUUUAUACUGUAUAUUUUUAUUUGCAGCACAUGACUUUGUGUGAAACUCCGAAUGAGCCAAAAUAUGCUGUUCUUUAAGGAAUGACAUAUUGUAUUGGUGACGUUUUUCUAGAAGUACGAUCUUGCUCACAUUGCUCCAGAGAAUACUGUUGUGUUGUUUUUUUUUUUUUUUAAGGGUUUUAUUCUCCAUUUCUCGGAGGUAAAUGAGUUUUUUGUUUGUAGUCGCUGUGUCUUUAUUUUACUAAAUAGGAGAAUUCAUGUCCUUUUGUGACUUUGUACUGAAGAAUGCGAAACAAAUUGCCUUCAUAGUAUUCUGUACUAAACUAAGGAGGAAUACGUGGACCAGUGGAGAUGUAAUCCAGAGCAGCCGGAGAGCUGAGACCUCGGGAAUCCGUGUGAGAGGGGAUCGUGCGGUCUGGACUAUAAAGCGCCUGCCUCUGCCUGACCUUUCUGUAACGGAAUUGGACUGAAUUCUUUGUCAGUUUGAUUCCAUUACAGAAAGGUCACACAGCAUUAUCAGUCACACUGCCCUGCUCUUCUGUAGUCCAGACCGCACAAUCCCUCUCACACGGAGCGUGAUUCCCCCAAGGAACAAGCUCCUGUAAAAGAGCCCCGAAAGAGUUUUCUAAAAUUAGGGGGGAAAAAGGCUAAUUUUUACGGCAAAAGAGCACCACUUUCCAUAAGCUGUGUCUGGUACUGCAGUUCAGCCACCUGAAUGGGUAAGUUGCAGUACCAGACUUAGGGUACUUUCACACUUGCAGCAGAGGAUUCCGGCAGGCAGUUCCGUCGCCGGAACUACCUGCCAGAUCUGGCAAAACGUAUACAAACUGAUGGCAUUUGUCAGACGGAUCCGGGUGUGGAUCCGUCUGACAAAUGCAUUAAAAUGCCGGAUCCGUCUCUCUGGUGUCAUCCGGUCAAUUUUUAUUAAUUUUUUUUG